CGGAUAUAGUCGUGGAACAGGAAAGAUGGGAGUUAAUGCUGGGAGAUGGGUAUAAAAGGAGGCCCUGACACUGUGGAAAUGGAAGAUCUCGAACAUCUCCCAACAUCAACUUCUUUUACUUUACUCAAACACAGGCUUCAACAACCAUUCUUUGACACUUGUCUUUAACUCACCAUCCACAACCACAUCACCCUCCACCAUGGAUACCAGAAACACUUCUCAAAUCUACGACGAGGUCGCCAAGCACUACAGUGCCGCCUCUCAGACCACCAGCGUCAAGUACGGCGAGACCGUCGCCAAGUCCUUUGGCUACACCGAGGAAGAGCUCGCCAACAUCCCCGAAGGCGCCAACCUCGGUCUGAGCUGCGGUAACCCCCUAGCCAUCACCAGUCUGCGCGAGGGCGAAACAGUAAUCGACCUCGGCUCCGGCGCCGGCUUCGACGUCUUCCUCGCCGCCACCCGCGUCGGUCCCACCGGCCGCUCCAUCGGCAUCGACUUCAACGACGACAUGCUUGCGCGCGCCAACUCCCUUAAGUCCUCGCGCGGGUUCCCAGACUCGCAAGUCUCCUUCCUCAAAGGCUCCAUCACCGCCAUCCCCCUCGAGUCCGGCACCGCCGACUGCAUCAUCUCCAACUGCGUCAUCAACCUGGUUCCCGAGGCCGAGAAGCCUUUGGUGUUCAAGGAGAUGCACCGCGUGCUCAAGUCGGGUGGUCGUGUGGCCGUCAGCGAUAUCCUCGCCAAGAAGCCGUUGCCGGAGAAGUUGAGGAACGAUAUCGCCAUGUACGUCGGCUGCAUUGCGGGCGCGAGCGAGAAGCAGCAGUAUGAGACGUGGCUGAAGGAGGCGGGCUUUGAGCAGGUGCUGAUUCAGGAUACCGGGGCGGAUAUCAAUGUUUAUUUGGACACGGAUGAGAACGGCAACAGGGGCGGAUGCUGCGCUCCUCCUGGAACUGUGAAGGAGGAGGAGGAGGAGAAGUCUUCGUCGUGCUGUGCGCCAAAGAAGACUGAGUGCGCCCCUGCUGGUGCUGCUGGUGCUGCUGCUGCUGCUCCCUCGUGCUGCAAGCCGGCUGCUGAGACUACCCCCCCUUGCUGCAAACCCGUUGAGAAGAAGGAGUCGUCUUGCUGCAAGCCUGCCGCGAAGCCGGAGGUUGAGGCCGAGGAGAAGGAGGAUCUCAACGAGUGGGUGGGUUCUUACAAGAUCUAUGCCGUCAAGAACUAGGUAACAGAUGCUCGAUUAUCGCUACGGGUCUAGAGGUAGAUCAGAUGUGUUUGUUAGUGUAUGAGUAACUAGGUAGCCUCGCAACGAUAUCAAGUAUCACGUGAAGUGG